AGUCCUCCCAAGCACAAACCCUACUCUCUGCGCUCUGUUCCACUCCCACUCCAGCGCACAAUUUUGCCAUAAACCCUAAGUCCCGACACCCCCUCAAAUUCGAAGACGUCACUCAAUUGAUCUGAAUUUCGAUUAGGUAAAAGCACUCGAUCCGUCUCUACGCCUUCGUCUUCUCGCGCCAUUAAACGCCGGAAGUUGAAAUUUUCUGGGAUUUUUUUAGCUUAUAGCUCAAGUAAGAGGACAUCGAAGAGAACUUUUUUCACCGGUUGGUUAUGAAGUUGUGAGGGUUUUAUUUUUGGGAAUGGACGAUCUCGAGAGGGCGAUCAUUGUUAGUUUCGACCAAACGGGGGCUGUCGAUUCGGUGCUGAAAUCGCAGGCGAUCAAUUUCUGCCAACAAAUCAAGGAUGCCCCGACGAUAUGCAGGCUCUGUGUGGAGAAGCUGCGGUUUUGCCAGAUUGUUCAAGUCCAGUUCUGGUGUCUCCAGACUCUGCAUGAAGCCAUCCGUGUAAAGUACUCGUUGAUGAGCUCGGAAGAGAAGGAUUUGGUUAGAAAAUCAGUGUUUUCCAUCGCUUGUUGUGAUGAGGAAAGUGGCGGCAUUUUGGCGGGUCCUAUAUUUAUUAAGAAUAAGCUGGCCCAAGUGAUUGUCACUUUGAUUUACUUUGAGUACCCUUUAAUUUGGUCGUCUGUGUUUUUCGACUUUUUGGCCCACCUGAGCAAAGGGGGAGCUGUGAUCGACAUGUUCUGUCGCGUUUUAAAUGCUCUGGACGAUGAGUUAAUUAGUUUAGAUUACCCGCGGAGUAAUGAGGAAGUGGCUGUUGCUGCACAGGUUAAGGAUGCAAUGAGACAGCAGUGUGUGCCUCAGAUUGUCAGAGCAUGUUAUGACAUUCUGUCCAUGUAUAGAAAUUCUGAUAGCAAAAUAUGUGCCACUGUUUUAGAUACUCUGAGAAGGUACAUUUCCUGGAUUGAUAUCGGCUUGAUUGCUAAUGCUGUUUUCCUUCCCUUUUUGUUCGAGUUGAUGUUGUUUGAUGGGAUAUCAGAACAAUUCCGUGGGGCUGCAGCAGGAUGUAUGUUGGCUGUUGUUUCUAAACGGAUGGAUCCACAAUCAAAAUUGUCUCUGUUGAAGAAUGUUCAGAUAAGUCGUGUUUUUGGUUUGGUAUCUGACGACAGCAGCUCUGAGUUGGCAUCAAGAGUUGCUUCCCUGCUUACGGGAUAUGCUGUGGAAGUUCUGGAGUGCUCCAAACGGUUGACUGAGGAAACGAAACGAACUUCAUUUGAGCUCUUGGAUGAGGUAUUGCCCUCUGUUUUUUACGUAAUGCAAAAUUGUGAGGUUGAUACAGCAUUCAGCAUUGUGCAAUUCUUUUCGGGUUAUGUUUCUGCUAUGAAGAGCCUUUCUCUGUUGACGGAAAAACGACUUUAUCACGUGAGUCAAAUUUUGGAAGUGAUCCGUUCUCAGAUCCGUUACGAUCCUAUGUACCGGGAUAAUCUUGACACAUUGGACAAGAUUGGGAGAGAGGAAGAAGGUAGGAUGGUGGAGUACAGGAAAGACUUCUUUGUACUACUUCGAAGCAUUGGAAGAGUAGCACCUGAUAUUACCCAGGCAUUUAUUCGGAACUCAUUGGAUGCUGCUGUCACCUCUUCCGGUGGGAAUAUUGAAGAGGUGGAAGCUGCUCUUUCCCUUCUCUAUGCUCUUGGAGAGUCAUUAAGUGAGGAAACGAUUAGAAGUGGGAGAGGACUUUUGAGUGACUUGGUGCCUAUGCUUUUGGCAAGUAGAUUCGCAUGCCAUUCGAAUAGGAUUGUUGCACUUGUUUAUUUAGAUACCAUUGCAAGAUAUGCAAAGUUUGUCCAGGAAAAUAGCCAGUAUAUACCCAUGUUACUGGCUGCUUUUCUUGAUGAAAGAGGUAUACAUCACCCAAACAUCAAUGUGGGUCGAAGGGCAAGUUACCUAUUUAUGAGAGUCGUGAAGUCGUUGAAAUCAAAUCUUGUGCCCUUCAUAGAGACUAUACUGCAGAGCUUGCAAGAUACGGUAGCUCAAUUUACAAAUGUUGAUUAUUCCUCAAAAGCACUUUCUGGUACUGAAGAUGGCACUCACAUUUUUGAGGCAAUUGGUAUAUUGAUUGGGAUGGAAGAUGUGCCUCUGGAAAAGCAAUCUGGUUAUCUCUCUUCACUGCUGACUCCUCUUUGUCAUCAGGUUGAGGGCUUGCUGUUGAAUUCCGAAACACUGACUAUAGAAGAGGCACCGGGGAAAAUUGCCACCAUUCAGCAAGUUAUUAUGGCUAUAAAUGCCCUUAGUAAGGGCUUUAGCGAGCGCCUUGUGACAGCUAGUCGCCCUGCAAUUGGUCUCAUGUUCAAAAGGACAUUGGAUGUUCUCCUCCAAAUUCUUGUUGUAUAUCCAAAGAUAGAGCCUCUGCGAUCUAAGGUUAUGUCAUUCAUUCACCGCAUGGUGGAUACCCUUGGAGCAUCCGUUUUCCCUUAUCUUCCGAAGGCAUUGGAACAGUUGCUUGCUGAAAUUGAGCCUAAGGAGAUGGUUAGUUUUCUUGUGUUACUUAAUCAAAUAAUUUGUAAGUUCAACAACCUGGCACAUGAUGUACUCGAGGAGGUGUUUCCUGCCAUUGCCGGAAGGAUAUUCAGCAUCAUCCCAAGGGAAGCAAUUACAUCAGGCCCCGGCGCCAACACCGAGGAAAUCAGGGAAAUUCAAGAGCUUCAGCAAACUUUGUAUACCUUUCUCUAUGAUAUUGUUACACAUGAUCUUUCUUCAGUUUUCCUUUCGCCCAAAAGUCGCCAUUACUUGGAUCAAGUGAUGCAUUUGCUACUUUACACAGCUUGUAAUCAUAAGGACAUUCUUAUGAGAAAGGCAUGUGUGCAGAUCUUCAUCAGACUUAUUAAAGAUUGGUGCAGCAGGCCUCAUGAGGAAAAGGUACCUGGUUUUCAAAAGUUCAUGAUCGAGGUUUUUGCGACCAACUGUUGCUUGUACAGCGUACUCGACAGAUCUUUCGAGUUCCGAGAUGCAAAUACUCUCAUAUUGUUUGGAGAAAUUGUAUUGGCUCAGAAAAUCAUGUAUGAGAAGUUUGGAGAUGAUUUCCUCCUCAAUUUUCUAUCUAAAGUUUUUCUGACUACGCACUGCCCUCAACAUUUGGUGGAACAGUAUUGUCAAAAGUUGCAGGGCGGUGACAUAAAGUCUUUGAAAUCAUCCUACCGUUCCCUCAUCGAGAACUUAAGACAUCAACAGAAUGGAAGUCUUGUUUUCAGAUAGCAUAACCAUGGCUAGAGAUAUAGGUGACUUCUCAAAUCAUUUUUUGCAUGCACAGCCCUUAAUGUGGCAAUACAAUUUUGCCCGAGGUUGGAACUGAAUGUGGCUGUUCAUGAACCUGGUCCGGUUUUCAGUAACUGGAGAUGUUGUAUAUUGCGGCUUCUCUUCUUUGUAUAUAGCUUUUGCUGUGACAAGUCCAUGACAAUUGAGUUUGUACAUACACGGGAGCACUACCUGAAGAUCAAUUUCUUUGGCAAUUCUUUAUAUUUGGGGUCAAAUUCAAGUUUCUUGUAUCAAAUUCAUUCAGACUUAAUGAAAGAAAGAGAGUGAGCAUCUUUUGGUUCUCUGUCGAAAUCAUUGUAUGCUUUUAUCAGUGAUAAGAUCCUUGUUCCCCAGCUUAUUACUUUUUGGCAAUUCGCCACACACAGUGAAUCUACUUUAAUUGGAUGAAA